CACAAACACACACACGCACACAGGUCGCACACACGGGCUCAGCGGGACACAGAGGGACAAGUGUCCGCUGCUCAGACAACGGAGUCCGGUCAAGUUGAAGUGGAGCUGCGGGACGCUCGGUUCUCCAGAGCGGUGCGGUGAGUGCGGUGAGUGCGGUGAGUGCGGUGCGUGCGGUGCGGUGCGUGCUGGUUGUUGGUAGAAGAAGAAGGAGAAACAGAAGAAGAAGAAGUUCCCUGAGCCGCGGACCCAAUGGAAUGUUUCACGUUAACCGGAUUAUCGCAUCUGUGAACUUCCAGACCGAGGCGGCUCCACCGGGUCUCCACCGGGGCUCCUGUCUCUCCGCAGCCGCCCGCAGCGCCUCGUCCCCGGUCUCCUCCGGCUGCAGCUGCCGGUCCUAUGAGCGCAGCGUUCAGCUCGUCCUUCAUGGUGAUGCAGCGGCCACUCGGAAGCACCACCGCCUUCAGCAUCGACUCUCUGAUCGGGGGGCCCCCGCAGCCCAGCCCGGGACACUUCGUGUACACCGGCUACCCGAUGUUCAUGCCGUACCGGUCGGUGGUGCUGCAGCCGCCGCCCCCGCCUCCCCCGGCCCUGCAGCAGGCUCUCCCCGCCGGACACCACCCGCAGAUCCCCGGGCUGCAGGGCGGCUUCUGCUCCAGCCUGGCGCAGGGCCUGACGCAGGGCAUGGCGCUCACCUCCACGCUCAUGGCGGCGCUGCCCGGAGGAUUCUCCCCGUCCCAGCAGCACCAGGAGGCGGCGCGGAAGUUCGGCUCCCAGGCGCUUCACGCGGUCUUCGACAAGGAGCUGCGGCUGGAGGCGGAGGACGGGAAGGGCUUCCUGCAGAAGGAGUCGCUGCACGGCUUCCACGACGCGGAGCCGGUGCAGACAUCCACAGGCAGAGGACUCAGCAAAGACGACUCGAAGGACGAGGACAGCGGGCGGAAGGACGAGACCUUCUCCAUGGACAGUGACUUGGACUACAGCUCCGACGACAACGUCCCCUCGCUGUCCCACAAGGAGGACGGGGGCGGGGCCGGGGGACUCGAGGACAACCCGCACGGCUCCGGCGGCUCCGGGGCGGGCGGCGGCGGCGGGGGGGGGAAGAACCGGCGGCGGCGGACCGCGUUCACCAGCGAGCAGCUGCUGGAGCUGGAGAAGGAGUUCCACUGCAAGAAGUACCUGUCGCUCACCGAGCGCUCGCAGAUCGCGCACGCGCUCAAGCUGAGCGAGGUGCAGGUGAAGAUCUGGUUCCAGAACCGACGCGCCAAGUGGAAACGCGUCAAGGCCGGAAACGUGAACAACAAGUCCGGGGAGCCGUCCCGGAACCCGAAGAUCGUGGUGCCGAUCCCCGUGCACGUGAGCCGCUUCGCCAUCAGGAGUCAGCACCAGCAGAUGGAGCAGAACAGACCGUAGAAGAAGAAGAGCCCGUCCCGUGCUGAUGCUCUUAAUAAUCACCAGUGAAACCAGUUCCUCUCAUGUGGGCCCGCUGGAUUCGAACUGUGUUCGCAGGAUUCAACCACGUGACCCUUUUCCAGAUGAGAGAUCAAAUCUGUGAACUGGUCCAACAAAUCGAUCACAUAUUGAAUAGAACUCCUGUAAUUACCCCCCCCCCCCCCCCGGACCGUGGCUUCAAUUAGAGACAUGACGUUUUGUGACAGAUCACAUUAACGAAGCUUUAAUUACAUUUCUGAUUCUGACGAUUUAAUUAUGGCUCAAAUGUCACUGAGACAUUUUUAAAUUCAACCUUUUCCUGCCGCGGUUUGGUUUUCCAGGCUGAACACGGUAUUAAAAGCUCCAGCGGGAAUCGAACGUUUGUCUGUUCAACACCAGUUCGGGUCGUUUCCUCCACUUCAUCAGAAAAUAACAAAUAUUAAAAGCGUCAGCACGAGACAGAGACUUUUGACCCGGAAGUGCGUGUGCAGACAAAUAAGUGUCAUCAUGAAAAACUGUGCGUGAAGAUUCAGCGCAGAGGAUGAAGAGGAGGAUGAAGAAGAGACAGCAUUCCCCCCCAUGUAAAUACACGCGGGACCACACUGAGCACAUGACGUCAUUUGAGACGUUGUGGAUCUGGAUCCGUUUUCACGAAGCUCGAGUCUGAAGAUUUGAAACUUUCCUCGAACGGCUUCAUUUUCAUUUUGAAGUGACGCUGCUAAUUUAUUUAUAUGAAACUGUGUUGAAGUCGUGAAAUAACUUUCUGAAGAUGAAGGUGUGAAUAAAAG